AUGCGUGAAAUCCAGGAAUCGAUCACAAUUUCAGCACCUCCAUCACAAGUAUGGCGCGUAUUAAUGGAUUUGGACUCUUGGCCAAAAUGGAACACCUUUGUCACAUCAAUCGAAGUACAAGCUCCGCAUAACGAACUCGCCGUUGGGAGCAAACAGACCAUCACCAUCGACAAAACCCAAUCGUACACCAAUGUCGUAUCGGUAUUACAGCCUGAAAAGGAACUUCGGUGGAACGGCAGUAUCUUAACACCCAUAAUCUUUGACACGGAGCACUGGUGUUGCCUAGAAGUUGUCGAGGAUGGACGAUCAACACGAUUUACGCAAGGAGAGCGCUUUUCUGGCAUCCUGGCACCAAUAGCUGCUGCGGCAGGGAAGUUGAACGAACUACAGGAAGGAUAUGUAAGGAUGAAUCGAGACCUGAGGAAGGUUGUUGAGGAGAGCAAAUAG